UCAUGGUCUGUCUCAGUCAGAGGCAGACUCCGAAACUCUGAAAACACGACUCCAGAGCCGAAUGCGUGGAUAUCAUGCAGCCGGUCACAUGAAACCACUUGAUCUUUUUAGCCGAUAAAACAAUACACGGGGCCACCUCUCAUUCACGCCGAAUCCGGUGCCUUUCUUCUCUCUCUCUCCUUUUUUUAAUUAAAUGACCCACUUCCGCUGAUCUGAAGAGGAGACCUGGGAUCAAGACAGACGGGGGUGGUGGAAAACAGGAAUGUUUCUUCCGCUUCCAAACAGUGAGAAAACCGAACGGAAGCCGACGCGGUAUCUGUAGUCUGCGCAGCUUCGUACCCUCACCUUCAGUGCCACUGCUUGUGCCUCGACAGCUCCUCUCAGCUCUGCUCCGGCCUUUGGUUUGCACCAACACCACCCCCCCCGACCCCCCCCAGAAGGAACUCUGAAACAAACGAGGAGCCUCUGAGACCUCCGACUGCAUGUCUCAUAGCUCCUGCAGACCCCUUUCCCGUUCUUCCUCCCUCCCUUCCACCUUCAGAACCCACCUUUUGGCCUAGCUAAACGCGGUAAAGCCGCCCUGUCAGCGGGACACAUCACAGGUCCCCCUCCUGUUUGGGCUAAAAGUGUGACGCUUGGCCCCCCCUCGUCGACUGGAAGCUAGCUUGGUGCUCGUCAGAAAGGGGGGGGGAGGAAGGCCGCUGAGCACGGUGCCGCUUUCCCCGGAGAUGAAGCUGCAGGCCGUGAUGGAGAACCUGCACAGGCAGCAGAGGGCCAAGCUUCUGAUGGAGCAGCAGCUGCAGCAGCAGGCCAUCAGCCAGCACGCCCAGGGCCGCGCCGGCGACGACCCCAUGGAGAGCGCCGCCCCCGAGGGCGAGCAGGCGCAGAUAGCGGCGCUGGCGGCCAUGCGAGCCGCCGCCGCCGGGCUGCAGCGGGUGUCGGACAGCCCCAUGUCGAAGCGCAGCAGCGGCGGGGAGGAGGAGCGGGAAGAGGACAACGACGAAGGGGAGGAGCAUUACAAGGACAUGAUGGGGUCGGAUGAGGAGGAGCAGAUCAAACGGAAAUGGGACGAGGGGGACUUUGAAAGCGACAUGGACGAAGACUUCGAUGACGACAUGGCAGAGGAAGGUUUGCCGACUGGCCACGAAGCCGUGGCCCCCGGGAAGGGCAUCCUCCUGCUGCCUCACCGUCAGCUCCAUCCCCACUCCCAGCUGCUGAAGGUCCGCCCCAGCGCCGAGCAGGAGCCCCGCGUCGCCAUCCUGCCCCCCCACGCUCCCCACAGCCACCUGGGCGCGCAGGACCACGGAGAAUGGACCUACGAGGAGCAGUUCAGACAGCUCUACGAACUAGACGGGGACCCGAAAAGAAAAGAGUUUCUUGAUGACCUCUUCAGUUUCAUGCAAAAAAGAGGAACGCCUGUGAAUCGUAUUCCCAUCAUGGCCAAGCAGGUCCUGGACCUCUACAUGCUCUACAAGCUGGUGACAGAGAAGGGCGGCUUGGUGGAGGUCAUCAACAAGAAGCUGUGGAGGGAGAUUACCAAGGGACUUAACUUGCCUACCUCAAUCACCAGUGCAGCCUUCACCCUCCGCACACAAUACAUGAAGUACCUGUACCCAUAUGAAUGUGAUAAGAGAGGUCUGAGCAACCCCAAUGAGCUUCAGGCAGCCAUCGACAGCAAUCGACGGGAAGGCCGACGACAGAGCUUUGGCAGCUCCCUCUUCACUUACUCCCCCAACGGGACGCCCACCAUGCUGUCCUCGCCAAAGGUCUCUACGCCCAGCGUGGGCUUGUCGGUGGUCACCAACGGAGCCUCGCUGACCUCCAUGCAGAAGAUCAAGAAAGAAGAGGAGGGAGGCCAGCCGCUGCCGGGGGUCGGCAUACCUCGUCUGCCGGUGGGUCCCAUGUCUGGUCACUCAGUGGCCGCCGUGCAGGCAGCGGCAGCCCAGGCGGCGAUGGCGGCACAGGUGGCGGCUUUGGAGCACCUGAGGGACAAGCUGGAGGCGGGCGAGCCCCCAGAGAAGAAGAUGGCCCUGCCUGCCGAGGAGCACCACCGGCUGCUGCAAAGAGCUCUGCAACACAACCUGCUGGCCAUGACUGCUCAGAUACCCAUGAACAUCCGCAUCAACAAUCAAGAUGGCAGGCAAGAGUCUGCUCUGAACCUCACCACAAACGGCACAAACAGCAUCAGCAUGUCAGUGGAGCUCAAUGGAGUGGUAUACACUGGUGUUCUUUUCGCUCAGGCAGCAGCAGGGUCAGCUUCGUCCGGUGCGUCCGUGUCGUCCCUCUCCAACAAGGCUGUCAGCAGUCGUGUCGCUCCACAGCAGCCGCAGCAGCAGCAGCAGCAGCAGCAGCAAAACACACCUACCUCAGCCUCCAGCAACCCUCUGUCUUAACAAACUCCCCCUCCCGUUUUUCUUUUCAAAUUACCACGCUAAGAAAAGCCAAAAAGCAACCUCAUUUUCUACAUCAUCUAUGCCAAAAAAAAAAAGAAAAGAAGAGGAGAACCAUCAUCAGUACAGAAAGACAAACUGAAUCUCAGCUCACUUGAAGUACACUAUCUCAGGUUUUCUCUCACAAACUCACCUCUUUUGUUCUUCAUCGCCAAAAAGGAUUUUGAAAAAAGAAAUAAUCCCAACUGAGAGCCAGUAUAUGCUAACCUUGUGCACAACCUGUGAAUUAUUUAUUUCUGCAUAAAUGUACAGAUUAUUGGAGAACAACAGAGAAGGUAAUAACUAGGAAGGCUAAAGCAUUGUUUACACACACGCAAACACAGCUACUGACUGACAAUGAUAUUAUAUCUUCUAGAGGAGAGAUUUGUUUUUACUAUUUUAACUUUUCAUUGUCAUUAUUAUCAUUAUUGUUAUUCUCUUUGUUGUGUUUUAUUGUUUAAUUCUCUAGCAAUCUUCUCAUUGCAGGAAAAGUAAUCUAUAUAUUUAGAAGUCUAUGGAGAGGAAAAAACAAAAGUAUGAAAAUUCUCUAUUUUUAAUCAGAAAAGCUUUCAAAAGUGUGUUGGGGUUUUUUUUUUUUCUCUCUUCAGGGCAUAAAACAGUGGCGGCUGUGACCUCGUUUAGUCGUAAAACCAGAUAACCUUAUUAUAGUGGCGGCCCUGUGGGAGAACAAGCCUAGUGCAGGUCUACGCUCUGGUUCUUAUCGUCGCCGCGCAGUCUUAAGUGAAGCGGAAGAACACGCGGGGAUCUUUUUAAUCGCUUGUAGGACUUUUUGGUGCAGCGCCGGUCCCGGCCAGACCGCGGGGCGGCAUUGCGUCUGCAACGUAGCUGCCGUUGUUUUUUUUUGUGCGCUCGUUCUUCCAGAGGCAGCUGUGGCUGGUUUGCAUCUCAAAUCCACUCCUGUAUGUUGACCCGUGGCCAGUUUAAGACACACAAAUGCCACCCUGCCUGGUGGCUCUGUCAACCCGCAGUCUUCGGGAAGCCUCUCCGGAGCAGAGCGAUACGUUGUGCAGGUGGUAAAAUGAGCAAAAAAUAGGGUUCAUUGUCAGUUAAAAUAACACAAGUUAUGAUUUUUUUUUUCUCAGGUGUCUCUUUGCUUUGUAUGAUUUUUAAACUGUCUUCAAUUACACUGGACAGAGCGAUGAUUUCUACCUUUUUCCCUCUUCCGUCUGACUUUGCCUUCUUGUGAAGUGACUUUUUAGGUCAGUCUCAUGCAUGCUUUUGUAGAUGAAGACCCUUCAGUCAGAAAUGCAGCAUCUUUCUGUCUUAAACGUGCAGGAGCUGAGCGUCCAGGUUUUUUAAUUUUUUAUUAUUAUUAUUGUUUCCGCCGUGGAGAAACCCAAACGGACAAUCGGGUGUCAGGAGACACAGUCUGGGCCUCAAGGGGAACCCGACGGCCGUUUUCCGCUCAUCCGUAACGACCUUUUGUAAUUUUGAUCGCAGAUGCUUUUGUUUUCAUCCGUUCAGCUUCGUGUUCUGCGCGCCGUAGCGUUUCUUCUGAUCCAAGUGCUUCUUAUCCCGUGCUGUGACAAUUGGCGUCGCCCUCUCCAUCAAGGUUACAGCGGUGAAUGUUUUGUGAUCCUCAAACUGGGCAGCCGUCGCUCGACCUGGCCCAUUUCGCUGGCUAGGUCUUAUCACUGGUGCAAACUCAGCUGGCUUUAUGACAGGAGAGACGCUGUGUAGCAGUAGGUAGUGUCCCCACCUCUUGAACUAGCUCAAUCAUUUGGCUUUUUGAGCUUGAACCUGUGUUACCCCUCUGAGCCGUCGGCUGUUAAAAUAUAUUUACUCGGCCCACAGCCGGGCCAAGCAGCCUCGUCCGCGCUGACGUUAGGAAGUAAACGAGGCUUUGUGCGGCGGGUUCUGUUCAGAGGCCUUAACGCAGCGUGAGGUGACCAGAGAGCGAGCAGUACCUCCGCCUAAUCACUUUUUACUGUUCAGUCAAAUAUCACCAGAUGGCUGUCAGGGCUUUGAUUUCUCUACUCGCUUCUCUGCGGGAAACCACCACCAGCUGCUAAACAAACACUGGUCACUUUUCAAAAGCACUCUUCUAACUCAAUAGACAGCCACUUUCAUGAGGAAUCUAUGUCAAAAACUAAAAACAGGAUUGAAAUCCACACAUUUUUGUUGCAUAUAAAGCAGCUUGACUUAAACCAGAUGUCAAACUCAGUUUCUUUUGUGACGCUAAAAUCCAGUUUUAAAAUUUUUUCAGUUGAAACUUUUGAUUACAUCAGCUCCAAUUUAGACAGGCCUUAAGGGCAUUUAUCAUCAUUUUUACAACUUGGGUCCAAAACUGAGAGGAACAGAGCAAAACCCCAAGGCAGCUGGGAAUGAACCAAAAGUUCAGCUUCACAUUGGGAACGGCGGUUUCUACACAACGUCCACCAAAAACAAAAUUAGCUGUAGCAAAACUUCCAGCUUCAGUUUGAGUUCAUAAAAUGACAACUUAAGUUGACAUUCAGCCAGUGGAGUGGAGAAAGUAAGGAAAAAUGUUGUCUGAUUGUAAACCAGCACCCCAGAGAGGAAUGCAACAACUCUGUAUGGUGAAUCUUGUGAUCUCGUUUAAAAACUUUCAUUCUGGCAGCAUAAGGUUAGACGUUUGAUUUUCUGCUCCAGUUGUGACCGGCAUUGUUACCCUGAUGCCCGCAGUCGCCUGGAUACUUUACGCCAUGCAGUGAUUGCGCCAGUCUCACUUUUCUCCACAUAAUAACCCCAUGUUUGACUUGUGAGAAGUUAACUACACUACAGUAAUGUAGCUUUCAAAACAUUAUUAUUAUUAUUAUCUGAGGACAGCAAAUGUCACACCACAGCGAUAGUUUGUCUAGAGUUAGUUUCCCGAAAAACAUCUUUUUAUGUCAGAGAAGUACUGUGUUUUAAACCUAUAUCUCCUUUUUAAAACAAAGUGGAAAAGCCAAUGGUGACUUAUUUAAGUUUUUUUCUUUAAAAUAUGAUAAUAUAUAAAUAUAUAUAUAUAUAAUUUAAAGGAAAUAUUCCCUCAUACAAAACACUUACAACUUGUCUUUCCCCCUGCUGUACCUCUGACCAAAUGUCUAAGGUUUAUAAAAGUAGUAUUUAAUCAAAUAUAUGUAAAAUCUGAAUGAAUUGUAAAUGACCAAUUCAUUGCCCGGGACAUCCAAGAUUCACUGUUCCUUGAACCGCGGAUCAACCUAAAAUAAUUAAAUGGUUCAAAAAUGCUCCUGUUAUAUUUAUUUUUUAGAAAUUAUUAUUUUCCGCAAUGCAUUUUUUUGAUCAAAUUAAGUAAAUAAUAUUUCUAAAUUUUUCAGUGUGAGAUUAUGCUACUGCAAUAAAAUGAAUUUUUAUUGAGAGGCUUUUUAUAGAUCUUUAUCAGUGCUGCCAAUGAACGUGGAGGGUGCAGAGGUCUAAAUCAAAUUAAAACUUAGAUUUUUGUAACGCUGAGGUCGACCUAAAUCUUGCCAACCUGCGCUCCUUUAUUAGAGCAGAUGUUGAUAUUUAGUUCUUGAUCUCCAUCUUAUUUAAUUGUAGUGACUGUUUUCAUGGUUGGUACAAAUUGGGCCUGCCGGCACAGGCGGUUGAUGCAAAUGGACACCUUUUUUUUUUUACAUUUGUUUAAUUUUAAGCCGAGAUUUUCUCAGACCAAAUUAAAUUGUCUCGUUAAAACGGAGCCUAAGGUCGAACACAAACUCUUCGUCUUUUAUUGACCGUCUUUCCUAAUUUGAUUUGAAUGUCAUAGUAAAUGGGACCUCACCCGUCCAAGGACUUGGUUGCACCCAUUCGUUAAAGCUGACUAAAUACAGCAAAAAUUAAAAAAAAAAAGUCAGUGACCCAUGCACUGUUGCUGAAAAUUUACUAAAAAAUGUCUUUGACCAAGGAAACAAACUAAUUGGUGCCCAAAACGCAAGACCUUUUUAAUGUUUUAGAUCAUUUUGUAUAUAAAAAUCAGACCAUUUUGUCCUUUUCUUAAAAUAUCGCAUGUUUGAUUUAUUGUUGAGCAGGUAAAAGUCCUUUCUGACAUCAUUUGCAAACAUUUGCAUUUUUAAUGCAAUCAAAAAAAAAAAUUAAAGAAAUUUCUGCCCAACAUAUUUAUUUUAGCAAAAUGUGGGGAAAGAAGCACUUCCUUAAAUCAGCGGGCAUGCUCUCCCGUCCGGACCUCACAGGCUGUGAUGAAGGAAGUGAAUCCGUCUGAAACUGAAGGUCCAGGUUUUCGGCUGCAGGUGCCACGUUGCUGACAAUCAAAAAGGAGCGAGGCUUCAGCUCAAUGUGAGGGGGGGGAGGAAAACUAAAUUCAAUCAAUCUAGAUCUAAAGGAUCAACAUUGCCUUUUAAGGUUUCACCCUUUGACCUUAGAGCUCCCAAGGCAGCAUUAAAGCACCUGCCCCCCCCCCCCCCCCAUCAGUCGAUCCAUGUUUAUUGCAUAUCUAUUGACUGCUUCUGUGGGAUAUUUGCAUUUGAACAGUGGAGGCACUGCGGCUCCUUUCUCUCUCUCUCUCUCUGUCUUUUUCGGUGUGCGGCAGUAUUUUCAGGGAAGCUUGGCGUGUUUAUUUUAUUUUUAUGGGUUUUUUUGUUUUUUAUUGCGUGGUAGCGACAAUCAGGAGACAAUAUUAAGGCUUAUACCUCUUAAAAACGCUCUCAUCACAUCCCACAACCCAAGCCCCUUUUCUACCUCAAGGACCUCAGCGUUGGCAGAUUGCUUCUCAUCAGAGAAUCCUGUCGUUCAUGCAGAAAAACCUCAUCAAAAUGUUUUUUUUGUUUUUUUUUUCCUUCCUUUACAAAGACCAUUAAAGAGAUUGUAAUAACCACAGACAAUCAGAUAUCUGCUUAAAUGUGACUCUCUCCUUUAAUCAAUAACCAUUUUGAGUCACGCAAGGAGAGCAGGAGACUCAGUUUCAAGCCUUAAAGCUUUUGUGGUAAGAGCGCCCCCCGGUGGAAGGUUUUUAUUACAACGCACAAUCAGUUUUCUAAAUGGAAAUGUCACAUUUACCUCAAUCACUAUCCGCUCUUUGAGCAUGUCCUCGUAUCUUCCGAGUGUUUCAAGCAUGUUUGCGCUGUGCGGGUGUAGAGCGGUCCGAAGGAGCGAUCGUGAUCGUGAAACACUCGCCACGGCUGAAUCUAGGCUCAAACUGUUACCGAGGCAGCGGCCCGUUUUUCUUCCCAGGUGAAAAAGUCGCAUCCUAUGAAAAAAUGCUUUCACAAUCCUUAAUCGGGGAAUCCUGUUUUAGUGUAGCUGUGAUCAAACUGAUACGUAAAGUCAAACUGUAGCAAAGAUAGUUUUCCACGAGUAGCACAUAAACCAGAGCUUAUUCUGAGUUUUAGAAAUGUAUGUCAAACUGGUAUUUUUUGUUUUGUUUUGCUGAAUUUUCCACUGGUGAAGCCUGCUGGUAGUUUCUGUCAUCUUUACUCCGGCGUUUAAGUUACGCUCUUGUCUGUUGUUGGACUCGCUGCUUGACUUUGCCUUUUACUUUAUUUUUAUGCUGUUGCAAAGACUGGACCAUAUAGUCAGUAAAUCCACUUUGGUUUUUUCUAGCAGGUACACCUCUCAACCUAUAAUAUCCGCACAAGAUCCUGGUCUCUUGCUCAUUCUUGAAAUAUUGCUGCUUUUCAUCCAACCAAAGCUUUAGAAUAAAUGAAUAAUAAUAAUAAAAAAAAAAGUAAAUAAGGACGCUUCUAUGAAUCAAACUAGGUCCUAAGCAUCUUGUAUGGAAAAUGGCCUCCUGCUCCCACGUGCUGCCGCCGCGCUGGAACAUUGUACGGGUGAGGUGGGUUCAGGGCUUUUUGCCUGGACUUCAUCACUGAUUUGACCUCCAUCGGGUUGGACUGUGGGGCAGGGAAAACCAGAAUGAGAAAAUAAAAAAAAAUAAAAACAACAAGAUGCCUUCUGCUGUGACAAUUAUAUGAAUCAAUCUGUAUUUCUAAGAUUCGUUAAAUAGAUUAUUUCUAAUAGAUGGCUUUUUUUUUUUUUAGGGCUAUGGAAUAUAUCAUGUUUAUAUUGUCUGUUUGCUGUUUGCUUUUUUUUUUUUUUUGACAUGCUUUUAGAAACUGAGGCACACAGAGAUUACUUCUAGAGCAGUUUUAUGAAUCCAGCGAUGAGUAUGUCGAUAAUAAUGUGAUUAUUGUAGGGAAGAGCGAGUGUGCGAGCGAGCGAGCGAGUGAGUGAGUGAUCUUCGGGUGUCUUUUGAGUAUCUUCAGAACGGAAACAAGGCGUGUCUGUUGUGUCUUACAACUUCUCAGGAAAAUCUACCUCUACCUCCAGUUUGAUGCAUUUUAUUUUACCCCCUGUUUCGGGCUCAUGUUACUGCUCAGCGGGAGGAGGGCGCAGAGACGAACGUCAGGAUCAGAAAUGGUCCUCCAACAGAUCAGAUUUAACAUGCCCCUAAUUCUGAGGUUCAUUUUGAGCAUGUAGGUGCCUCCUUCUGUGUCCUCCUUUCUUUUCCUUCCUUUUUUUUUUUUUUUUUUUUUUUACUGUUACACAUUCGUAACAUUUCUGCUGGUCAGUUUAAUUGAGCUCCAACAACAGGGAACCUCCAGAUGAACAGCUAACUACUACGAGUACUACAACAAGUUCUGCUUCCUGUACCACUGUUAGUAUGGCUAGUCCGUUUGUGAAUCUUCCUUUCUGCUCUCAUAACGUGUGCUUUUUUUCCCUCCCUCCUUUUUUUUUUUUUUUUUUUUCUAUAAAUGAUAACCGUCUUUCAAUGGAUGGGAUGUUUCCCGGUAACCACGUCUACAGUGAAGUGGCUGCGGGGAGUGCAACUGUUUUAUUUUUAGUUUGUUUUGUUGUUGUUGUUUUUUUUUUUUUCAUUAUUUUUCUGAAGGGUGAAGAGCAAUUCUUGCCUAUUUACUCGAUAUGUGUUUGUGUGAAUACUUUUAUUUGAAUCUGAAAUUAAUAAAAUAUCACCGUUCUUAAAUGUUA